AUGAUGUCCCAGGAAGAUCUUGUUAAAUUUGAAUCUCUUUGUAGAUCCAUUUACGGCCAGGUUGAUAACGAUAGAAAAGAAGCGGAGAGACAACUCCACAUGUUCCAAAAAUUGGAGAAUUAUCCAAAGCUUAUCAUGAUAUUCGAUGCAAGUGUAGAUCCUCAUGCUCUCUUUUUUGCAUCCUCACAAAUUACCAAGAUGAUUACAAAUAAUUGGAAUAGCUUCUCCGCAGAAAAGAAGACCGAUUUGAGAAAUUAUUUAUUAAACUAUCUGGCAAAGAGAGGAAUUGAAGUUCCCAAGUUUGUAUCAUCAGGAUUACUGAAACUCGUUGGUAGAUUAACAAAAUUGGGAUGGCUAGAGGAUCAACAAAAUCGAGAUCUUCCCGAGCAAAUUAAAAAGUACUUUAUACAAGUUACGAACCCACAACUUUCCAUUGUUGGACUCAGAAUUUUAAACAGCAUCAUUGAAGAAAUGAACACAUUAACAACACGAAAAAGCUUAACUCAACAUCGUAAAAUUGCAGUCUCAUUCAGAGAUUUGGCAUUGCGAGGCAUUUUUGAAACUUCUCUUUUUACAUUGAAAGAUGUAUUGAGAUCUUUGAGUGGAAUGGGCCUCAAUAUUGGAGGAAUGAAUAAUAAUCUUCAGGCCAACGAGGCUCUUUGUCAAGAAGCCUUAGAAUUGACACUAAGUUGUCUUAAAUUUGACUUUGUCGGUAUUUUUCCAGAUGAAUCAUCGGAAGAUGUAGGAACCAUUCAGAUACCUGGAGCUUGGAGACCUUUGUUUGAGGAAUCGGACACGUUGGAACUUUUUUGGAAUUUAUAUUCAACUCUUGGAAAUCCAAAACUUCGUAAAGAUGUCUUGCAAAUUCUUGUGCUAUUGUGCAGCGUGAGAAGGUCAUUAUUUACAGGCGAUGACGAGAGAAAGGAUUUUCUUUCGAAAUUUAUUGAUGGCAUGUCUGCAGUUUUGAAAACGAGAUUUGGACUUGAUGAUCAAGACACGUAUAAUGAAUUUUGCAGACUCUUGGCACGAAUCAAAUCCAACUUCCAGUUGAACGAGUUUGUCAUUUGUAAAGGUUAUGUACAAUGGCUAGAUUUGAGUGCUACAUUUUCUCAAGAGAGUUUCAAGUCUUUGGAAUGGUCUAACCAAAGCGUUUAUUACAUUUUAAACUUGUGGUCGAGACUUGUUGCCUCCAAACCCUAUCUCAAAGCAGAACACGAAAGCUAUCUCGACAAGUAUGUUCCAGAGAUUUCAAAGCAAUACACCAUUUCCAGAUUAGAGUAUGCGAGAUUGUGCGCCAAUGAUGACAGUGUUGAAAAUCCUUUGGAACACAAGGAAAAUCUCGAUGAACAGCUUGAUGCUAUACCACAACUCAUUCACUUUGAUUACAAAGUUUCAGGACAGCAUUUGACUGAACUUUUUGAUCCAGUUCUACAAAUGUAUAUAGAAGCAGUGAACACAAAUAUUCCACUACCAACUCUAAACGAAUUAGAGCUAAAGCUCACUUGGCUAACGUAUAUCGUUGGUUCAGUUAUUGGAAAGCGAUAUGUCAGUUCAUUAUCUGUGGAAGAAGCAGAAUUAUUGGACGGUACAUUAUCUGCCAGAAUUCUAAGACUCAUUCCUUUAAUUGAUAUUAGAAUUAAGAAUUAUUCUCACACUGACUACUUGCAUGAUGCAUCCUUGCAACAUUUGGAAUUUUCUCUCCUCUAUUUCAUGAAAAGUUUUAAAAAGUCAUAUUUGGGAGACGCUUCUGGCUCUGUUGGAAAUAGCAGUACCCCAAAGAUAUUUACAAGACUUUACGAAUUGUUGAAUAUUGCAGGAGAACAACUUCAAGUGUUGAACAUUUUCAUUGGAAAAAUAGCUAGUAAUCUUAAAGUAUGGGCUCGUAUCGACAAUAUUGUUACUGAAACAAUGAGUUUAUUCGAUGAUAUUGCCUCUGGCUAUUUGAGUGCAAAACUCGCAUCCAAACUUGAAACUACUCGAUACUUGUUGUUGAAUCAUGGCCCAGAAAACUUCCCAUUCCUGAAUGAAAUCACCAACCUGAGACAACGAACUGCCUUCUACAAGACACUCUGCAAGCUAUUAUUCCUUCAAAACUAUACAGAAGAUGAUUUUCUUUCAUUUAUUAAGCCACUCGAAUCGGUCAGUGAUCGUCUCAAUGCCAUCGAUAACCCAGAAGUUUUCAAACAAGAUGGAGUCAAGAAUGCCCUGAUUGGCUGGUGUCGUGAUUUGAGAGGUAUUGUCAUUGGUUGCAAUAACAAGAGGACCUAUACAUUUUUCUUUGACUGGUUUUUCGACAAGUAUAGCAGUAUUUUAGAGAAGGCAGCUCAAGUAUGGUAUGACAAUCAAUUCGUCAUGAAUUCAUUGCUGAAGUUCUUGGCAGAUUUUGUCCUCAACAAGAACCAAAGAAUUUGUUUUAGUUACAGCUCACCACAUGGAAUUUUAAUUUUUAAAAAAACCAGCUCCAUUCUUACAAACUAUGGUCAACGUUUACAAAAUGUGCCCAUCCGAGAUAAGGCCUAUGACGAAAAGUAUAAGGGAAUUUGUACAAGUAUGAACAUUUUAUCGAGAUGUCUUGCUGGAAAGUAUUGCAACUUUGGUGUGUUUGAUUUAUACAAGGAUCCGUCAUUGAAUGAAGUUUUGAAUACUGUGCUACGUUUGGCACUCAGCAUUCCAUACUCUGAGAUUAUGGCCUAUCCAAAAUUAUGCCGAGCAUACUAUGGCCUUAUGGAGACUCUAUUCCAAGAACAUACGCAUACCAUUAUCAAGUUUGAAACACCAAUCUUUUUGCAAAUUUUAAAGUCACUCGAAGAAGGUGUCUCGAUUGAAGAUUUGGGAUUAUCCUCUCAGAUUUGUGCAGCACUCGACAAUCUCUUUACCUUCUACUAUACUCAAGCGAAAAAGAAUACACCAGAUGCCCAGCUAUUAGCCAGUCACCUUAAACAAAAUAUUGACCUCAUUCCAAACAUGCUUUCUCAAUUUUUCAGAAUUAUUAUUUUAGAAGAGUGUGGUAAUCAGUGGAGUUUGUCAAGAACCAUGUUAGUGCUCAUUGUACUCAAUCCUCCAUUCUAUGAAACAUUGAAGCAGGGUAUAAUUAGUUCAGUGGCUGGAAAUGACCCUGAAAGGAUCACCAAAGUGAGAGAAGCCUUUGAUAAACUCAUGGACGGUGUUGAGAUGAAUUUGGAAGCUAAAAAUCGUGACAAAUUCACAGGCAAUCUCAUAACUUUUAGGCAAGACGUAAGAAAUGUUCUAUAG